AAGGCGGUCUUGACGGCGUGACUUCGUUUCUGUUAGGUUACUUUUCUGAAACAAAGGCUAUCAAUGACAGGAAGGAAGACCAAACUCGUCCGAACUGGACCAUUGACUAUAAAAACUCGCUCUCAGAAGAUAUCCCAUUCUGAAAAAUCUAAAUGUGAUCCUUCUGAACCGUGUUCUAGUGCGAAUUCCUCAAAUGCAGCGCAACCCUCGACUGUUGUACAGGAAGUACAAAAUCCUCCCGUUGCUGUAGACAGUUUGCCUGGGGUAUUCGCCGUUGAAAAACCGAUGAAUUAUCUUGGUGAACAUAUACCAGAAGCCGAUAACAAAGAGAAUAUUCCAUGUGAAGAUAAAUCCUCCCCGAUUAAUCCGGAUGAUUUAAAGAUUUUUGAUGAUUUAUUUAACGAUAGUUUCGAUCUCUCUGGUUUGUGUAAUUGGAAUGAAAUAUUAUCAGUUACACCUGAUGUUGACCAUACAACAGCACUUCCUCAGGAAAACAAACCCGAUAAUGACGCUCCAAAUGAUGAGGCAGACUCAUCUGGUACUCAAUAUUACUCUCUUCCCAACGAAUGCAGUGGUGUUGACACCACUUGUUCAAUGACGGAGCCGAUUGUAUUAGAGAAACCCACAGAGUCAGAAGUGCAGGGUGGUGGUUCUCUCCUCGAACUAAUAACUGAUUUGCCUGAAGUAAAAUGUGCUUCUGAUGAUAACACAGAUGCUGCACAUCAUCAUUCUGUCAUACAAGAUGAGAAUGUUGCAGCAAAUAAUUGUUUUGAAAUGAAUAAUGAAGUGACAUCAACAGCCAAUGACUCGGUGUCUGUUGUCAAUACCGUGUGUAAUUCUGUAGCAAAGUUUGUACGUGGAGUGAAAAGAAAAUUUCGUCGGAUUACGAAAGCAUUCUCAGAAGACGACUCCUCAGGCGAAGACAGUGAGCCUAUAGCUCGACGUCUUCGAGCAUCUGGUGCAAAUAAAUCCCUCAAGAUUUCAGAUUCUGCUAAAUCCCCGAGUAGCUCACUAUCGUCAUCUAAAGUUUCAGGUAGAAUAAGAAAGCGUUUACCACUGAAGGAGUAAAAUGUAUCUACUGAACGUAAUGUGAGUCUUUUUAGUGGUUGUGUCAACUGCUUGUCAAUAUCAUGUAAUUGUAUAUAGCGAUUGCGACUUUUUACUGUUUAUUGCGUUUGUUUUGUUUAAUGAGGAAAGACAGAUCCGGUGGUGUAACUUUAAUCUUGCCUUGAGGAUUAUUUCGUAAUAUUUACAUCGUUUACCUGUCAAGUUUACUAAGGUUGAAACGACUUUUCUAUUUCCAUACUGUUCCACUGUUUCUGGAUCCUGGACACUUGCACCUGUGAUUAUGCAAUACUGUCUUUAUAUUUAAUGGCAUUCAUGACUGUAGGGUUGUUUACAAACUGUAUAUUGUACAUUUUACGGUCUUGUUGAACUGUUGUCCCGUUAACGUUAUUGGAAGACAGAGUUUAUCUGAAAAAUGUGAUGUAUUUGUGAAAUAUAUUUUGGACAAAAUGAUCACGCUUAGUUGUUAAAUCAGUUGCUAUGACAAAAGCGGAAUGUCAAAUUAAUAGAUAAAAUGAUGAAUAUGGGAGGAUAUUAAUUAACACGGCCCUUGGUAGUAUAAUCGGGUGAAAAUUACCAGAGUUGGUUGAAUGUAAUAAGUCAAAACAUAUAUACAUAAGUAUAAAUAAUAUCAAGUUGUAUUUUUACACGCUGAAAAGAGGUUUGCUUGUACGGAUACUCAUCACGUCAUCGUAUUUCAGUAUGCGCCGCUGUUUUGAUAUCAAUCUUGUGAUUCAUAUAAAUCAAGUUCCUAUAUUAUUAUUAUU